AUGUUUUCCAAUCUACAUCGUCCAAAAAUAUGGAGUGCUUACUGUUCCCUGUUGCUCCUCAUAUACCCCACAGUGGCAAAAAAUGGUACAAACGAUUUAGAGAAAGCCCUAAACGAUACAACAAUUUUUUUCGAAAAAUUGAAAGUCCAAUUCGGUUCAUUACCCGCAAGUAACGAAACCUUCGAGUCGAUAGAUAAUCGUAUCGAUGAGUUCAUCGACAAAGUCAACAAAGACAAAAGGCAGCGAAGCAGAAGACAAUUAUUUCAACAGGAUAAUUAUGAAACAGAAUCGUCGAUAUUACACGACUUCGAGUCACUACCGAAUUACAGAAUUCCAGUCGCCACGGAUGUAUCCUUCUUCAUAAGAAAAAGUCAAUCAGAGCUUCAUUGGUUCACCGCUGUAAUUAAUCCGGAAGGAGUCUCUCUCUUUCAUUCCGAUGACGAGAACAAAAUUCCAGUCCACUUCUUCCCCUUAGCAAACGGGGAACAGAUCCUGACCUACAGCAGCGACUCGUCCAGUCUCUUGAUAAUCCGGCAAUCCACCGGCAUCAUAAAAGUCCUCCAAUUAUCCCUCAACUUCGAAACGAAACUCUUCAUCUCUCAAGUGCAAACCCUCCCAACGACCGGAGCGAGGCACGCAGCCCUCUGGACAGGGAUGAAUCGUCUCUACCUGGGGGUAUCGUCCCCCAACCAGCUAAUAAUCUACGUCUGGCUGGGGGACAACUUCGACCAGAUCCAGGUCCUGGACAUUGGUGCCGAGAAGCUCAUCCCCCUGCAGACCGGUGGCUCAAUGAUCCUCGCAGCCACCGGCCCGACCACAAGAAUAAUCUCCUUCCAACUGAAAUCCGACAAAUUCAUCAUCACCCAGGAGCUCAAGUCCUCCGAAGAUGCCAUAGGCUUCCAACGCGAGAACGGUAUCUUCGGGGAACACUUCCUAGUCCUCGCCGAGGAGAACUCCACGAUAAUCUACAAGGAACGAAAGCGUCGAUACGUUCCCUUCCAGAAGCUGGAAGGUACCAAUCAGGUGCAGGUUCUCUCGAGCGACCGAAAGGAUCUCCUCUUCUUCAUCCAGAAGUGCGGAGGUAUGAAGGUCUUCCAGUACGACGGCUGGCGCUUCUCAGACCUCCAGAUCUACGUCCCCAGAGUCACACAAGUCUACCCCACCUUCCUCCCCGGAGGGCUCUUCGUCCUCGCCAUGAAGAGCGACCAAAAUGACUGGACAUUCCACCGAAUGAUUUGGAGAACAACGAAGAGCUUUCAGACUAUCAAAGACGACAUCCUACUCUGGUGCCGAGCUUCACUAAGAUCGCUGGAGACACCCAGUCCGAAGAUCCCUCCACUGAAACACCCUCUGGUCUUCACCAACGUUCACAUCCAGCAUUUGACCGCCUCGAACGUCAACGGCAGAGACGCCCAGGAGUUCGUGAACAUCACGAACAGCUACAAGCGAGUCCUCUCUCGUCUUGCAGAAGCGAACCGCCGCCUCGAGACCGUCGUCUCCUUGGACAACCCCGUCUUCACGAACCUCUCCGCUAAAAAAGUGAAAGUAAUGUCCAAGGUCAUCGCCAACAAUACGGAAACAGCGAUGGCCCAGGACUUCAUGGACAAGCUUCGCACCCCUGGCGACACCAACAACAUGGCCUUCAAAACCGUGAAAGCCUCGUCAGUCACCAAUUUCCGAUGCCCCAUUCCAGCUGUCCAGUACCAAGAAGUCCAAGUCACGGGUUCGGUCAACGGACUCUCCUUCAACGCCUUCGCUGAGGACACCCUGAAGACGACUGGUGAGACCCAGACCAUGACAGGCCAAAUCCAUUUCGACUCUCUGAAAGCUGACGAAGGAGACCUGGACCUGGACGUAGCCUGGAACUCCACGAGGCAGGAGCUCAGAUUCACCAACAUAACAGUUGACGAGUUGAAAACCCCAUCGGGAUAUCUUCUCCCGUUGAACGGUGAGGCCGUCACAAUGACGGGAGACCUGACGGUUUCGAGGGCGGAGAUCACGGGGCUCAUUCACCUGAGGGGGACGAUCGGAGGGGAAGGUUCCAGGAGAUUGAUACCUAUGAUCGAAGUCCUGGAGCCACUGGUCCUCGAGGGUCACUAUUACCUCGACAACAUCAAAGUUGUUGAGCUCCUGGAGGGAGACGACCUGGUGGGGCCCAACGGAGAGUCUUACAAGGAGAUCCGGAGGAACGCUCUUCCCCUCAAAUCGAAGAGCAUUCCUGUUCACAUGAGGUUCCUCAGUGAACGGGUCGAGUGGGGGAACGUGACACUAACUGAGACCCCAGGGAACUGGAUCACGCGGAGUUCCAGGCUGAACAUCACCGGGAGGAAGUCUGCUCGCAAUUUGACUCUAUCGCAGUCUACUUACAGCAAUCUUCCGCUUCCGGUUGUCUCGGGAAAGGCCUGCGCUGUGGGACUCCUCACCCACGACAUUUACACGACCAACAUCACUCUGAACAGCGCGAGGGUGGGAUCGCUGACUGCGGGGGGGAUAUUCGGGGCUUGGGAGCUGGACGAAGUCCUCGCGGACGCCGUGAGGAGCUGGGCGGAGGUGCCCUGGGAGCUCAAGACCAUCACCGGAGAGGUGAAGGCCGCGAAGGCAAGGAUUCCCGAGGUCGCUGAUGUCGAUCUUCCUGGGUUGUACGAGUCCAGGGCUAAAUGGGCUGCACCGGGGGUUCUCCAGGGCCCUGUCAGGGUCAAGAGUCUCAGGGUGAAGCAUUUGAGGGCUGAGGAAGGGUUCAAGAUCCCGUUACCGAAAAACAUCAGACGGUUGGAGACUCUGGGGAACGUGAACGUGACACGGGUCAAUGGGAUCGACGUGCUGAACUUCAUUGAAAACGCGGUGGAGAUCGAUGACAUGAUAUCUUUGACUAAUAUCACCUUCCUCGGAGGACUCAACGUCGAGAGUGUUACGGCCUCUACUUCGAACAUUCCGUUCGUGAAGACGCUGAAGGGAAACUUCGGGGCGAAAACCGUCAGCGGGGGACUGAGCACCAAGCACUUGGUCAUGCCAGAUGCCCUACCUUUUCCACCAGCUGAUGCACCUGUGGAACUCAUCGCAACAGGGAAUGUCACAUUCGUCAGCGAACCAAAUAUCAAGAACAUCAAUAACGUGAAUUUGGAGAAGUUAGCUGGAGAGAUUUGGAUGAAGAACAAGCCGGCAAAAUUGAGGGGGAAAUUUAUUUCCCUGAAAAAUGUGACCUUGGAAGGUCCUGUUGAUGUCUCGGGCGAAGUGAACACUCCGAUGUUCGGGUCCUGGUCCGAGAUGCCCAAGAAGAUUCUCUCAAAAUCGUUGGACCAAGAGAUACCUCGGAAAAUGCACUUCGAGUCUCUUCAGGCAGUCAAAAUAAUUGGAUCGAAUAAUUCUAAGUUGAUUUCGUCUCCCUCAACCGGUUUCUACGACCUCGAGCAUCAUUCCCUGAAGAUAAUCGGCGAUCAAACGGUCUCUUUGCCUUGGAGUUUCGAGAAGAUCAUCGUUCAAGAUAGCGUAAAAAUUAACGGCGUGGUAAACGAUCUCGAUUUGAAUAAUGAGGUUCUCAGGACUGACUCGAGGAACAAUGUGAUCACUGGUAGAAUAAUCGUUGACACCUUGAAAGCAACCAACAUCGAUGGUCUCAAGUUUAACGAUUUCGCGAGGAAUACGUUGAGAGCCUCCAAUUACCAGGAGCUGGUGGUCAUCAAGGGAAAGAAGACGUUCAAGGACAUGAAAAUGAAGUCUCUGAAUCUGACCUCGACGAUCAGAGGAAAACACAUCGAGUCCUGUUUGCUGAAGCACUCGAACCAGACGAUAACAGGGAGGAAGGUGAUAAAAGGGAGAUUGGUAGCUCUCGGGAUUGUCACGGAGGGUCUGGUGAACGACGUGGACUUGACGAAACUCCUGGUCUAUCAGUUGAAGAAGAACUCCCCUCUGCAGGUGAUCGAAACCCCGAUCGUCCUCCAGAAUGGCUUGAACGUCCUGGGAAAUCUGACGAUCGACGGUUUGGUCCAGGGAGUCGAGCUGAGCGGUCUCGGGGAAGCCGAACUCUCGACCCUUCGUAUGCAGAAUUUAUUGGGGAAACUGUCGGAUUAUUCGCGUUUGGCUGAGGCCAUUGACCUCGCUCUGCAAGAUCGGGCCUUUUAUUUCGAUAAGUUGGAGAUGACCGAGGAGAACUCAACUCCGUUGAUCGAGGUUCUGGUUAAUGAGUCCGUGAGAUUCGAGGCGUUGGGGGAUUGUCAUGUUGACAAUUAUCUUCUGCAUUGCAAUAACACGGGGAUCUUCGAUUUCUCGGGGAUGUUCAAUGCGAGUGAAGUUCUGGAGCUCAAGGCAGGGGCUCUUGAUGGGAGUCCUCGCAUUGUGUGCGUCACCUCGGGGUCUCUUGGGGGAGUCUCUGUUUACUCGUUUGAUGAGGAGAAACUGGAGAUGACGAAGGAAGCGGAGAUUCAGAUUCCAGGUAUCGUGGGAGGGGCAGUGGCUACGUACAUGGGGUCCGUGUGGAUUGUCCUUGGGCUGCAAGAGAACAUGGUGGUACUGAGGUACCGGGGGCAGAGGGAGUUCCAGGAACACGUGAUUCCUGGGAGUGAACACUUCGCCUUGGGCUCUGGACUCAGCGAUGAGUUGCUGCUGUUCAGGAAUGAUGGGGUUUGGAGACUCGGUGGAGUCGUGGGGACGACGAGGGUCUUCAAGGCGAAUCUCAAGGGGGAGAUCGCGAUCUUUCAGCAUGCUGGGGAACAGUAUGUGCAACUGAGGGAUGGCAGUACAACGUCUUUGUUGAAGGCGCAUUAUGUUGGGAAUUAGUUUUUUUAAAAUGGUUUUGGUAUUCCGGAGGAACAGAAUAACCGUUUUUCGGCGCACUGUUCGUAAAACGUUGUUUUGCGGACACUUUGUGUCAGUCAAACGCCGUUCGCGGAUAUUGUGAAGAAAAAUUAUGUUCGUCACUAGGUCGAAAACAAUUUUUUUGACAAGUGUGAUUGCAGUCCUCGGCCGCGCCUCGGUUUGUAACAAUCACACUCGUUAGAAAAGUUUUUUUCGGCCUUGUAACGAAAGUAGCUAUUUCAUCAUACCAUCUGUAAAACGUUGUUUUGCGGAUACUUCGUGUCCAUCAAACGCCGUUUACAGACAUUUGGAAGAAAAAUUAUGUUCGUCACUCAGCCAGAAACAACUUUUUCAUCACGCUGUGACGAAAAGUGAACUUUUCG